AUGGCGAAGGUCAAUGCCUCUAUGACUAGAGAGGAUCUAAGCGAUGCUUUCACCAUGCAUGUACUUCCAGUGACUGUGUUUAUUUCAGUAGAAGCAUUCAUUGGUUUUUUCGGAAAUAUUAUGAUUCUGUUAGUUUACUCCAGACGAUACAGACGGAUAAACUUUCGGUACUUUGUCUUGGCGCUGGCUAUUGUGGACCUAACAAGCUGCUGCACUACACUUCCGGGUGAAGUGAUUUCCCAAUUAAACUGGUACGACUAUCAAUAUGGAUGGAUAUGCAAAGUGAAAACAUUUCUCAACAUUUACACUGCUUUGGGCUCAGCAUCUGUCUUGCUGGUUUUGGCAAUUGACAGAUACAGAAAGAUCUGUCAUCCAUGUAAUUGGCAAAUUCGUUGCCCUGUUGCACUCAGACUUUGUGGAGGCUGCUUGGUGGUAUCGGCGCUAGUGUCUAUUCCUGCCCUUAUUCUUUAUGGUAAGCAAACGAACAGUUUGGAGCACGAGGGAAAUAAUAUUACCGUCUCAGUUUGUGAAAUAGCGGAGGAGUAUGCAGGCACAAUUUAUCCACUGCUUUAUAUCUGUAGCAUUUAUAUCGUGCCUUUGACUUUAAUAAUACUCGCGGCCAUGUCUUUGAAUUCUAUUACGGCAUGGCGGCUAUUUGGACAUCGCUCAAUUAAAGCUGCAAGCAUUAAACAUCGUACAAUGAAAGCGGGUGUCGCAAAAACAUUGACAUCAGAAACGUCUUGUAGUGAGACAGACAAUGAUAGAGAAACAAAAGCUACGACUAGCGACGUGUCUGAGAUAGAUGAAGAACACAGAACUGAAAACUCUAGAAAUGCAAAUUCCAAUGUCUACAUGUCUGAAAAAAGACAAGGUUAUCAGUCCUCUAAAUUCACAGGAAAGUCAUCAGAUGAAGGUUAUAUUGCUGCUGAUAAAAGAAAAUGUGAAAAGUCUUCUACUGAUUAUCUCAGUAACGACGAAGAAUUUAUUGACGAUUAUAACAGCGGAAAUGAACAGAUUGGGAACAGCUCGACUGACCAAACAUCUUCGGACCAGGGCAGACGUACAUCCCGUCGGAGCAGACGAUCAAGAACUCAAACGCCAAAGUUCCAGCUAAAGAGUAAGACGAUGAUAAUGCUAAUCUUGACGUCAAUAUUUGCCGUCACGAUGGUUUUGUAUAUAAUUCUCACUGGUCUCGUAGUAAAACCUGAUGGCAUUUUGAGGAAUUUGCCUGAUUCGCAGCUGGUGGCGUUCUUCUUCUUCUGGCGUUUAUACUUCGUUAACUCCGUCGUAAAUCCGUUUUUGUACGGAUUUUUGGAUCCUGGAUUUCGUUCAGGGUUAAUGUCUUACGUGCGGAGAAACAAGCAUUCUGUUACCAGCUCAACGUAA